AUGUCGUCUUCAUUCUCUCGAUCCCCAAGGCGGACAUACAGGACUUUAUCACCAGGACCAAGACAUUCUGAACACUAUAAGCAAAGACAUCCUUAUGGCUAUUAUGAUGAUGAAUAUCGGAAGGAAGAAAAAUUGAGAAUGGAUGAUGACAAAUAUGGGCAGAGUAAGUCAAGACAUCCUUGUGGAAAUAUACCUUACCGCUCAUAUGGAAAAAGAUUGCCUUCCCCGAGUGGCCGAAGGGACUGUGGAGACAGUGUUUAUGAUUAUAAGCCUUAUGGAGCAUAUUCAUCAGUACGAGGGGAUGGCAACAGACGAUCUCAGUACAUGCCAAAAUACUCCGAGGGCAUAGCCUACAAAGACUACCAGAAAGACAGUUAUUCGCAAAACAUGCCAGGGAGGUAUGCUCCGGAUGACCAUAGAGUGAGAGAAAGUGGGAAAGAAAGGAAAUCGCCCCCGAGAUCCUUACCUGAAUCGCCAAGAUUUGAAAGAAAACGGCAUGACGAUGAGUUGAAGCACCCGAGGAUCCACGAUGAGAAAUAUUCUUGGUCGUCUAGAAGAGGCUUUGAUGACUUUGACAGAAGGAGCACCUACCAAAAGAGGUAUCCCCAGAAGGAUGACUUCAGAAAAUAUGAAUACAUGUCCGACCGACCUAAGUACACGGAGAGAUAUAACAACCGAGAGCCUGCCAGAAAUGAGCAUCGGAAACCCGAGCAUUCUUCACACCGAGAGAAGCGAGUUCAGUGGGACCUGACACCUUACAUGCACCACUACUCACACAGGGAGCCGCCAGCCAGGGUGCCCAAUGACCACUACCACAAGCGGCCCAAAUUUGACUCUGAGGACCAAGACUUUUUCGAUGGAAAAAGUCAAAAGGUGGAUGAACGAAAAUACUUUGCUCCCAAAAGCAAGACCAGCAGAGACUCCAGCUGUUUUAGUUUGGGAAGAGGAAGGGAGACUGAGAGCGAGCAAGGCAAAGAGCCAGGUCAAGUGGCCAAGAAAGAUGGGGCAAGUUCUUACCCAUCAAAAAGUGAUUGUAUGUUGAAGCCCUGUGGUAAUAAGCAGGAGCUCAGCAGGACAGAGGGCGAGAAAGGCAGCAUGGACAGCAGCUCUUCCAAUAAGCAGGACAAUGAGAAAAGCAGCAUUUCCGAUGCCAAAUCUUCCUCCCCGCAAGUCAACAAAUCCCUUCUGAUUAAGGUUGACACGAAAAUGUUAGAAACAUCCAGGCAAAGUGAGGACAUUCCUCCAGGUGAACAUCUUGACUCAACUCAGAAUACUGAAAACAAACCUUCAGGAGAAUUUGCUCAGGAAAUCAUAACUGUAAUCCAUCAAGUUAAAGCAAAUUAUUUCUCAUCACCUGCCAUUAGUUUACACGAGCGUUUCUCAAAAAGACCCAUUAAUCGAAAUGUCUAUGAAGUUAGUUUGACCUCAGAUCCAGAAGUUCACAGGAGAAUAGAUAUGUCUUUGAUUGACCGUCAGAAUAGAAGUGUGGUUUACGAAUCAGAGGAGAAUGUGGUCAAAGUCAUAGAUGCAAAUGACUUACGACAUGACAUCGAGAGAAGGAGGAGAGAGCGAUUGAUGAAUGAAGAUGCUCAUACAUUUCGCAUCAACAGUGCUUCGAAGAGGAAUGGUCAGAAUUUCAUUAUUUCAACGUUGAAUACUCAAGAUGAUUCUGAGCCUCAAAAGUCAACACAGUAUAUAAAGUCAAGUUUCAGAAGAUUUAUUCAGAAAUCUGAAUUGAAUGAUACUGCUCAAAAAAAUGACACUGCUGCUCACAAACCAUUAGAAGACACGGAAAAGGAUGAGAAUAGCUUGGAUUCAGAGAAAGUCUUCAAGAGCAACCGUAGAGUUGGUAAGUCCCAGCCCCAUUUUAAGUCAAACCUAGUAAAGAAGAGUCUGUUCAUUGAGGCUGAAUACCAGUGCUAACGGUUUGCUGGUCGAAAGGGAUUUAUGACUAAUAAAUUCAGAGAGAGAUUACUGAGGGGAAAAAA